UUUGUUGUGUCAUAUUCUUCAUUAAGAAGCCGCUUCACGUUCCCGUUGAAGAUAAUUGUGUUAAAAACUAUUUUAUAUUAAUAAUACUUCUAUAAUGGCUCGUCGCUAUGAUUCCCGUACAACAAUUUUCUCACCUGAGGGACGCCUCUACCAGGUUGAAUAUGCUAUGGAAGCAAUUUCACAUGCUGGAACUUGCUUAGGCAUCUUAGCCGAGGAUGGUAUAUUGUUAGCUGUAGAAUGCCGUAAUACUAACAAGUUGUUAGACACUGCUGGUGUUUAUUCAGAAAAAAUCUACAAACUAAGCGAUGAUAUAGUUUGUUCAGUAGCUGGUAUUACAUCUGAUGCAAAUGUGUUAACUAGUGAACUGCGUGUACUUUCUCAGCGCUAUCAAUAUAAUUAUGGUGAACCAGUCCCUGUUGAGCAGUUAGUAUCGUAUUUAUGUGACAUAAAGCAGGCAUAUACACAAUAUGGUGGUAAACGUCCAUUCGGCGUUUCAAUACUAUACAUGGGCUGGGAUAAACAUUAUGGUUAUCAAUUAUACCAAUCCGAUCCUAGUGGUAAUUAUGGUGGUUGGAAGGCAACAUGCAUUGGUAAUAACUUUGGAGCUGCUAUAUCAAUGCUAAAACAAGAAUUAAGUGAAAAUGAAAAGAUUUCAUUAGUGCAAGCUAAGGAAUUAGCUAUAAAAGUUCUUAGCAAGACACUUGAUUCAACUAAGUUAACAACAGAAAAGGUAGAAAUGGCUACAUUAAAGCGCAUUGAUGACAAAACAGUUAUUCAAAAUUUACCAAAAGAUGAAAUAAGUAAAUUGAUUGAAAAGCAUAAUAAAUUGGAAGCAGAGGCAGAAGCUGCUAAAAAGGAUAAACAACCUAAACUUUAAGAGUUAAAUUACAUUUAUAUAAUGGUGAGAGGUAAAACUCUACUUUUUGUAUUCAAGAUAUAAUUAAAUUCCUUGGAAUAAAAUUUCAAAAUAAAUAUAA